GAGACACUGGCGUACGCCCCUCUCCCACUUACGUCCUCGUUCUCUAGGACUGCCUUAAGAGCCGCAAACUUUCUGUCACAUGGCUGCCUCCCGGGCUUUCCAGAUAGAAGAUAUCAUUGAGGAAAUUCUCGAUCACCUAUACCCGUGGGACGGGGUGGAAUACCUUCAAAUUCGUGAACGACGGAAAACACUGGCAUCAUGCGCACGCGUUGACAGAUUCGUCCACGACAUCGCUUUGGACGUUCUCUGGAGGAGCAUGCACGAUCUACGACCUCUGCUCAAGGUUCUACCGGCCUUCCAGCAGGCAACGGUCCAUAAAGACUACCGUGGUCGUGAUACUACUGAAUAUACCCUGCUCGGCAGGCUGUCUUCCGAGGAUUUACAUCGUUUUCAGCUGUACGCGCGGAGGAUCAUCAGUCUCGAUAUAACGCGAAGCCCUUAUCUAGUCCGUUGCCAUUCAUCCGUACUACUCUCCUUGUCCAGGGCUCUGGGCCACCAACCGCUAUUACCACGACUCCGAACGCUGGCCUGGACACACUAUGAUGUGACCGAUCACGAUGUUCUCUACUUUGUCUCGCCCUCACUCCGAUCCUUGACCUUCCAUUUCACCGGUGCUUCGGGAGCAGUUGUCAAGAACAUGGAUUCAGUUCCAUGCAAAUUUCUUUUCGAGGCGCUGUGCGAGCAGGUGGCUGCUGCCGUGCCAUGUCUCGAGAAAUUGUCAGUGUUGUCGGAUGCCUCCCCCUACUACUUCAUUCCCUUCGGCAAAUGUGGUGGUCUGCGAGAAGUAACCAUAGGCGGACAUCCAAGUCAGUGCGCGUAUCUAGGUGUGCUGUCUUCCUUGGACAAUCUGACCAAGCUGGACGUAAGGCACGUCUCCGAGCUUGGUCAGGAUGUUGUCCACUGGGGGUCUCACGGGUUCCGCGCUCUCAAGGUGCUUUGCGCUGGAGGCAAUCCUCGAUCCAUCGGCAGCGUCCUCAUGGCUUUUGCAACGUCGGAUAUCACCCUAUUGGAGGUCACCAUCGACCCCUGCGAUCGUCAAACAGCCACUGACUUGUUGAAUAUCAUCAAGUCUCAAUUCAAUGCGGCGCUGCACAAGCUCGAAUUAUUGGAGCUACCGCUUCAAUCGGCCCACGGUGGCUCUGGUUCGCCCCUGCACCCUAUCCCACUGAUGCUCGGCUUCCACAACCUACACACCGUCAGUCUGUCUACUUGGUCGAAAAUCGCUUUCUCCGAUGAGGAUCUCUGUACACUCGCUUCCGCCUGGGCAAAUAUCGUCUCGCUGCACAUUCGAUGGAUGACUGCGGGAGAUGUGGUCAUGGCGAGACCCACUCUAGACUGUCUACCGCGCAUCGCGAGGUCAUGCCCGCACUUACGUAGGCUGGACAUCUCGUCCAUGAACUUGACGUUCGCGGCGGGCCUUGACACAUACCCGAUCCUGUCACACCAGCUCGACUACCUCGAUAUCCACACGGGCAUCUCAAACAGUCAAAAGACCGACGUGAUGGACGUCGCACUCUUCCUUGACCGUCUGUUCCCUUUCCUCGACGCAAAGAAGCUGCGAAAGUUAUACAUUGACGAACAGCCGUGGUUGGCUCGAGUGUACGAUCGGCUCCAAGGUCUCCACGCCGUUAGGAUGCAGGAUACAAAACGAAUGGUGGAGGGCAAUGUUUGACGAGGGUCAGCGAAAUGUUCAACUGGUAUGUGUUGGAAUCCUCGUGAUUAGGAUGCUCGAUGACACAAAUCCUCGUUAGAUAGCUGCCGUUGUAUGUGUAUAUCGUGACAAUGUGGCUCAGUCGAUGUAUCAGUC